CCCCGUUUUCAAUCGUAGUGGGGGAACAAUGGUCUCUUCGCACUUUCCGUCUUCGGUUUCUCCGUCCCUUCGCCUAGAAAUGGUCUCCCCUUUCCCUUGUCCUCUCCGCCCCCGUUCCCUCUCGGAACCCUAAACCGAUAGUCGCACCCUUCUCCCUCCCACCAAUCCCCGGUCGAUGGCGGCCGCCGCCUGCACCCCCUUCACCCCCCAGAUCUCCGCCAAACCCUCCGUCUCUCGGUCCAAUUCCCGCCUCCAUGGCCUCUCCAUUACCCGUUCUAGCCAUGAGAGUGUUAGAGCUGGAGCUGGACUCCGAAUUCGGUCGUCAUUGGUGGUGGAGACCGAGGAGAAGAAAGCUCCUUCCUUGGAGGGGUUUGGAUUCGAUGUGGUUUCGGAGGCGGAGCUGAAGGAGAGGGGGUUCAUGGGGCUGAGAAAGACCAAGGUGGUGUGCACGGUGGGGCCAGCGUGCUGCGGCGAGGAGGAGCUGGAGGGGCUGGCGCGGGGAGGGAUGCAUGUUGCCCGGCUCAACAUGUGCCACAACACGAGGGAGUGGCACCGAGAGGUGAUCGGGGCUAUCAAGAGGUUGAACCAGGAGAAAGGGUUCUGCAUCGGAGUGAUGAUCGACACUGAGGGGAGCCAGAUGCAUAUGGUCGGUCAUGGGAGCGCUUCGUCCAUCAAAGCUGAGGAUGGAUCUGUAUGGUUAUUUACUACAGAGAAGUUUGAGGGUUCUCGUCCUUUCACAAUUCAGGUGAACUUUGAAGGAUUUUCUGAAGGUAUGACCUCAAUAAUUGACAUGGAUUUGUGGGUUUGGAACAUAUUGCCUUACAAUCCUUUCUUGCAUAUGCUUUUAAAUUUAUGUUUGGCAGGUAUUCUGGUGGGCGAUGACAUUGUCAUAGAUGGUGGGAUGGCAACAUUUGAAGUCAUUGAGAAGGUUGGGGAUGAUUUGCAUUGUAAAUGCACAGACCCUGGCCUGCUCCUGCCUCGAGCUAAGUUGUCAUUUUGGAGGGAUGGGAGACUUGUGGAGAUGAACUCUGGGCUCCCAACCUUAUCAACAAAGGACUGGGCUGACAUUGAGUUUGGAAUAUCUGAAGGAGUUGAUUAUAUUGCCGUCUCAUUUGUAAAGGAUGUUAAUGAUAUCACCAAUUUGAAGAGUUAUCUUUCCACAAGAUCAUCAGAGUUCAUUAAAGUUCUAGCAAAGAUUGAGAGUUUGGAAUCUCUCAAAAAUCUAGAACCCAUUGUAAAGGCUUCUGACGGGUUAAUGGUGGCACGUGGUGAUCUUGGAGUUCAGAUUCCUCUAGAACAGAUCCCAACCAUCCAACAGAAGGUUACUUAUCUGUGCAGGCAGUUGAACAAGCCUGUGAUAGUAGCUUCUCAGCUUCUAGAAUCCAUGGUUGAAUAUCCGACCCCAACACGUGCUGAGGUUGCAGAUGUUUCUGAAGCUGUAAGGCAGCAAGCAGAUGCCUUAAUGUUAUCAGGUGAGUCAGCAGUUGGAUCGUAUGCAGAAAAGGCUCUCUCAGUCUUGUGCAUGGCUAGUGGAAGAAUGGAAUUAUGGAGUCGUGAGGAAAACCGGCAAAACCUUCUCUUCCUACCUCAACUUGCAGAGACCUUGCCUGAUCGGAUUGCCGAGCAGAUUUGUAACUGUGCUGUGGAAAUGGCUAAUAAACUUGGUGUUGAUGCUAUAUUUGUGUACACAAAGCAUGGUCACAUGGCAUCACUUCUAUCACGCAACCGUCCAAACCCUCCAAUCUUCGCAUUCACUGACAAUGAUAAUGCCAGAAAAGGUAUGAAUUUGCACUGGGGCGUUACUCCACUUGAAUUUCCAUUAUCAGAUGUCGUGGAGGAUAAUUUCAAGCAAACAAUUAGCCUUAUGAAGAACAGAGGUACUGUGAGACCAGGGGACAUGAUUCUGGUGGUUUCUGACUCUGAUGUUAGCUGCUCAUCUGCUCGACCAUCUGUGUCCCAAUCAAUUCAAGUCCGAACUAUAGAUUAGGGUGUUUGUUUUUCACUUCAUCAUGUAUUGAAAUCAGCUUAUUUUUCAGGGACGUAAAAAUAAAAAGAAAUGACUUGUUUGCGAGCGACGAUAGAUGCAGUGAGAGUAGUUGUAUUUUUACCGGGCACGCUAUUGUAUCAAGGAAACCUGAACAUUUGUUAUAUUGGAAUCUCUGUCCGUCUAAA